AUGGGUACAACAAUAAAAAAAAGAAACAAGGAACUCAAAUGGAAUGUUUUGCACUGGCUUAGAAUAGAAAGUGGAACUGAGAGGGUCCACAAGCAUAACACAAGUGAAGAGAAAAGGAGGAAUAGGAAGAGUCUAUUUGUCAGUUCCCCUCCAGCUCUCAUAUAUAACUACUGUCUAAGGAGGCUUUGCACUGAAGAGAUAUGUGCAGAGGAGAAACAAGCUAGACAAGCACUACAAGUUGAAUUAAUGUACACUCAUCACCAACAUCAAGGAAAGAACAUUCAUUCUUCUUCCAGAAUGCCAAUCCCUUCUGAGAGGCAUAUGUUCCUUCACACAGGAAAUGGAUCUGGUGAUUCUGGACUUGUUCUCUCAACUGAUGCUAAGCCUAGAUUGAAAUGGACACCUGAUCUUCAUGCCAGGUUUAUAGAAGCUGUGCAGCAGUUAGGAGGAGCUGACAAGGCAACUCCAAAAACGGUAAUGAAACUCAUGGGGAUUCCAGGGCUUACUUUGUAUCAUCUGAAGAGCCAUCUUCAGAAGUACAGAUUGAGCAAGAGUUUGCAUGGACAAAGUAAUAACGUGACACACAAAAUCUCCAUAAAUCCAGGUGCAGCAACAGAUGAAAGACUCAGAGAAAACAAUGGAACGCAUGUGAACAAUUUAAACCUUGCCCCUCAGUCUAAUAACAAAGAUUUACACAUAAGUGAGGCACUGCAGAUGCAAAUUGAAGUUCAGAGAAGACUAAAUGAGCAACUUGAGGUGCAAAGACUCCUGCAGCUCCGGAUAGAGGCUCAAGGAAAAUACCUUCAAGCUGUGCUGGAGAAGGCUCAAGAAACACUUGGUAGACAAAAUCUGGGAGUAGUAGGACUUGAAGCUGCCAAACUUCAACUUUCAGAUCUAGUGUCCAAAGUGUCCUCUCAGUGUCUGAAUUCAGCAUUUUCAGAGCUGAAGGAGUUACAAGGAUUUAGCCCUCACCAAACUCAAACCAACCAGCCAAAUGACUGUUCUAUGGACAGUUGCCUCACAUCUUGUGAGGGGUCACAAAAAGAGCAAGAGAUACAAAAUGGGGGGAUGAGCUUAAGACCCUUCAAUGUCAACACAUUCAUGGAACGAAAGGAGGUCAUCGAGGGUCCCAAUCUUAACAACCUACCAAACACCGACCUCAAGUGGUGUGAUCCAGUGAAUAAGAACACCUUCCUUACCCCAUUGAGCAGAAGAAGUCCAAGCAACUUGUCUAUGAGCAUUGGACUUGAAGGAGAAACUGAGAAUGGAAGCAGCAUUAGGAAAGAAUCAGUGAAACCAGUGGCCAAAGUUUCUCAAGAUUAUGGACUGCCUUCAUACUUUGCUGCAUCAAAACUGGACCUAACCACUGAAGAUAAGGAUAGAAGGAGUUGUAAAGAACUGGACUUGAAUGGAUUCAGUUGGAACUGA